AAACAGUGGACAAAGUGAACAAUUAGCAAACACCUGAGCAAAACGGAUACUACUUUCACUUUGAACUUUUUUAAGCUUGUAGCAAUUACAUGUACUUCUGGGAAAUACAAUCUCAUCUAGAGAUAUCAAAAUCAUUUGCAGGACAAAAGAUUGUGAUAAACAAAAAGCUGGAGACAUUAUAGCUUCAAACAUUACCAUGGAAUUACAAAUAAACCAUAACAAGGAGAGCAUGUCUGUCUUGACGGGUAUUAUAGUCGAUGUUUCUGGGUCCAUGAAGCGGUCUAUCAGUGGAAAGGCAAAUGGAAAGGGUGGUAGUUGGGCACGGUCCAUAUUCAACGUGGUGGAUAAACUGAUAAAGCAUGAUGUGUCAUCAUCUAACAACGUGUUUGCAAUAGGAGUCGGUGCUCGCAAACAGGAAACUCCUUUGGAUCUGUUAAACACUGUUAAGAAGGCUUCGCCUCCAUACAAAGAGAGCAUUCGUAGCAAAAGAGAUCUCUUGGAAGAAACAUUAACAAUUCUUGAAAAUAGUGGGGCACCAAGAGUUCGUACAUGGGCAAAAAUGCAUGUGCUACUUGAUUGUGUUAAAUAUUCAGAGGUUGCAAUGGUAUUGCACAUGCUUAAAUCAGAAGGGUCUGAUUUCAAAAGGAGGUUUGUCUUUGAAUGUCUUCCAGAAGAAUGCAGGGAAGUCAAAGUGACACCUGCCAACACCACAUUUGGCAGUGGUUUUGGAAUAGCUGCAGGUUAUUUCCUUGGUGCUGCUACUGGGCCUGUUGGCUUACUUGCUGCCAGUCUAAUAGGUGCUGCAGUUGGUGCAGCAGGCAAACAUGUAAAAGAAAAAACGAAAGAAAAUUAUUUUGAGGACCAAAAUGCCAAUUAUCAACAUCAGAAAACUGAACGAGAAAUUAGAGAGGCAAUAGAUAAAGGGAUGGAACUUGCCAAGGAUGCAUUGGAUAUAUUGAAUGUGAGCGUAAUGUCUGUAAUUCCGGUGCAAGAAGCAUGGGACAUUUUACAUGACUGCAAAGGUGAAGAAGAAUUAACAGACAAAAGGGUCGAUGAGCUUAUGGAAACUGUUGAGCCACAUAUUUAUGGUCGUACUCCACUAAUGCAGGCAAUGAUGCAAUCAACAGAACUAUUUGCCAUGUCUCGGUUUCAGAGGCACGAUAAGCUUUUGUUCAUCCUUUCCGAUGGCCUCCCCACUGAUGGAUACAAUCCACCACUGAGAGAGCUUUCAGAAUUAGGUGUGAAGAUUGUAUGCUGUUACAUAACUGACCGAAACAUUUUUGAUCCUCGCCGGUUGUACAGUAUUGAGAAUGUUGAGUGGGACGAUGGGGCUAAAUUCAUGUUUAGGAUGAGUUCUACAAUCACAACACAGAACAUACCACGUACAAUAUUCGUGAAGCGAGGCUGGACGGUUGAUAUCACCAACAAUGAGACGAGGCUCUUUUGCCAAGUGAAUCACCCAGAUACCAUAGAUGAUGUUUGUGACUUGGCAAGGAAUGUGGUCUGUUCCCAGGAUGCUCUAGCAGAUGCUUUAGCAUCAGUCACCUUGGAUGUGUACGUCAACAAAUGCAACCCAAAAGAGGACCCCCGUGCUUUGACUGGGUUUGCAGCCCAGAGACAAGAGGAUGGGACUUGCUACGCGAAUGCUUCAGCUGCUGUUAUGCACCUCUCGAUGCAUCGUAUUGUUGGUCGUGAGGGAGGGUAUCCUGAAUUUAUUGAUCUGAGGGAUAAAAUCAUUACGGGAUAUGGCAAAGAUGGAGCAAACACAUUACAAGUGUUGCAGGCUUUUUGUCCGAAAUGUCGUCUCCAGUGUAAAAAUCUCGGUAAUGAUGUACUCGCCGCUAUGAAAGCGAUUACUGAAAAGCGUCCAGUGGUCGCUAGAUUCCGUCUUACUGAACCGGAGUGGGAAUUGUUCUCAGCGUUUUAUAGAGCAAACCCGAGAGGUAUACUCUCUAGGUCUGAUUUGGACAUCAGACAAAGAUGGCAUGGUGCUGAACUUGGUGGACAUGCCGUUGUUCUUACAAGUUACAAUAGUGAUGGCUUGCGACUCAUGAACUCAUGGGGAAGUGAAUUCGCCGAUGAUGGCUUUUUCCGAGUGUCGAGUGCAGAUGUCCUUGGUUUGGAAUUUAUUGAUGUAUUCUGGACACUUGAUAACCUCUGGCAAUCAGAAAGAGAUGCAUUUGCCAGAUAUGGAGCUAAGAAAGCAGACGAAUUCAUGGGUAAACUUAGAGGAUUGCAACAGGCGGCAUUUAGAUGCCCUUCGUGCUACAAUGAGGCCAAGGUGACCCAAUAUUCCGGCAAUCAUUCCAGAGUUCAAUGCCCAUGUUGCAGGAGAUCGUUCCAGACAAAGGAUGGAGGAGAAGAUCUAGCCCUUAAUCUUUAUCUCACAUCUCUCUCUUACCAUGAUAAAAAAUAAGACGGAUUCUCAGAAGUAUGAAGCUGGAGAGACACGGAGCAAAAGAGAGUGCUACAUUGAAGGAGAACAUUUUAAACAGAACACAGUUGAGGUAUCAACAGCCUAUCUGUUCAAAAGAAUAGACACAUAACUUUUAACAUGUCAACAUGUGAAAUCAUUAUCAGAAAAAGGGUUACAAAUUCGCAAAACGUUUUGGACACCCAGUAUAUUACAUAAUACAUGCUUCAAUAUUCAUUAGUUUCAUGUUAUACAAAUAUAUACAUAUAACAUUCAUAUUUUUAUUUUGCUGCAACUUCUUUUGUAAUGUUUCAAUAAUUGGGGAUUCAACAAUCAAUUGGAUAAUCGAUCCUAAAAUGGCAUAAUUAUUAUUAUAUAUAGCCAAGAAUGCUGAGUAAGUUGAAGAGUCAAUAGGGGUGUGAAUGAAAACUCCUGGUUGCAAGAUAAUAUUUGAGAUUUUAGGCAUGCUCCAGGAACCAGAUGGAACCGUUUUUUUAUUUUUUAUUUGCUUAUCUGCUGAUGAUUUGUAAAUCAAGUUGUAGUUCUAGCAAAGACAAUUACAUUUCUGAAGGAUAAUCUUAGAUAUUAAUACUA